UCGUACCCUGAAAACUGCACAAUGACGCAUGUCGAUCACUCGAUGAUGACGCGGGGCGUAUUUUAGUUUUUAUGGAAUAAGCGAGCACUCAGAUAUAUAUUUACAUGUGAUAAGUUCUCUCAGAAUACAUGCCUGUUACUGUAUUUUUUCCGUGUUACUCCGAACCCUAUCACAUGUAUGCUCGUGAGAUCGGAAAUUUAGGUCCGACGGCGCAAUUGAAAAACUUCAUCCGAGACCUCGCUUUAGAUAAUAUUCCAGGAAAACUGAAAUACGCACCGCGUCAUCAUCUUGUGAUGUUUGUUGCUGACCGCCAUUCAUUGGCAGCCACUCGUGCGCGCUGAGCUGCACCCUGGGCCAGCGCUCGGGCCGCAGCAUGGUGCUGUCACGGCUGGUGUGGUGCCGCUGGCCGCCCCGCUGUCCUGGCCGCUGGCCGCUGGACGACGAGUACCGCGGCCAGGGCGUGCCGCUGUCCGGAGACGCGCUGGUGGGCGUGCCGCCGCUCUACAGCCCCUGCAUGUUCCGCGCGCUGCCGCUGCCCUGCAAGAUGGCGCCGCAGCUGCAGCGCGAGUUCGAGGCCCUGUGCGCGCUCAGCGCCCAGUACGCCGCGGGCGCGUCGAGCCGCGCCGGCCACCUGCCGCAGAACGCGUGCAAGAACCGCUACUGCAACAUCAUCCCUUUUGACAGGACCCGCGUGAGGUUGAGCGGUGGCACGGACGACGACAUCGCAAACUACACCAACGCGUCUUACGUCGCUGGCUACUCCGGCAGCACCGAGUACAUCGCCUCGCAGGGCCCGAAGGAGGGCACGACCAAGGACUUCUGGUUUAUGGUGUACGAGCAGAACGUGCGACUCAUCAUCAUGCUCACCAAGCUAGUAGAGGAUGGAAAGACCAAGUGCCACCAGUACUACCCGGAGCUGGGCGACCGCUACAUGUGGGGAGACCUGGCCGUGGAGUGCUCCGUGCAGAAUGACCUGCCCACGUACACGCUGCGCACCCUCGCCAUGCACAAGGGCUCGGAGCAGCGGCUGGUGCACCACCUGCACUUCCUCGACUGGCCGGACUUCGGCUGCCCCGCGUCCUCGGUGCACGUGUUGCAGUUCUGCAGGACUGUUCGCCGCCACGCCCUGCUCUUCCCCGGGCUCAUGGUGGUCCACUGCAGCGCGGGUGUCGGGCGGACAGGAACUCUGAUUGCGGUGGACAUCCUUCUGCAACGACUCAAAGCCAAGAAGAAGAUAGACAUCUUUGGAGUGGUGAUGAAGCUACGGGAGCAGAGACCUUUCAUGGUGCAAUGUCAGCAACAAUACAUCUUUAUAUACAAGUGUCUGAAGGCAGCAUUUGAUGACCCAAAUGUCACAACCUACAAAGCAUCCUGCACAUUUCCAGUGAAUGCUAACAUGCACCUGCAAAAUGGAUUGCAGAUGGUUAAAAAGUCAAUCUUAUCAAGCUGGAAGAAAUGAAUGGUACAUUCACUACUGAAGUAACUAUGUCAAGUGUACAUCCCUAAAAAUAAUCAAUCCCUUUACCUUACAAAUAUUACGCAUGAAUAAAGAAAUCCUGUGUGUUUCUUAGAACUCCCUUCAACCACAAACAAACUAAUGACAGGCAAAAAACAAAA